GCUCGAAUUUUCCUCCUCCAAACGACCUCCAAAACAGAGGAGCUUCAAAAACAGAGCUUCUCUUCCUCUUCUUCUUGUUGUUCUAAAUUUCUAAUUCUCAAUUCCCAAUCAGAAUUCGAUCUCCCUCAAUUACAUGGAUUCCUCCGGCUUCUUCUCCCCGGCUUCCGAUUUCUCAUCAGAAUCUUCCUUCGGUUCGCCRGAAUCCUCCUUCAUGAAUUUGGACCACUAUUUUCUCCCUUUCAACGAGAACGAUUCGGAAGAAAUGCUUCUCUACGAACUGAUCUCGGAGGGGACUCAGGGGGGCGUUCGAGUGAAGGAAGAGGAAGUCGAUUCCGUCGGCGAGGAGAGCCCCAAGAAGGAGAGAUCUUACCGGGGCGUUCGCCGGCGGCCGUGGGGCAAAUUUGCGGCGGAGAUUAGAGAUUCCACCCGACAUGGAAUCAGGGUCUGGUUGGGGACUUUCGACAGUGCUGAGGCAGCCGCUCUGGCCUACGAUCAAGCCGCGUUUUCGAUGAGGGGGGCCGCGGCAAUUCUCAAUUUUCCGGUGGACAGAGUUAGGGAGUCUCUGAAAGAAAUGAACUGCAGCGGCGGCGGCGGCGGCGGCGGCGAUGACGGCGGGUCUCCGGUGGUGGCGUUGAAAAGAAAACACUCCAUCAGAAGGAAGGCCAUAAGCAAAAAGAGCAAAGAAAGAGAUGUGAGGAUCCAAAAUGUGGUGGUUUUGGAAGAUUUAGGGGCAGAGUAUUUGGAAGAACUUUUGGGCUCUUCUCAAAGUGGUAGCCCUUGUUCUUACUGAAUUAAAAAUCCUCUUUUUUAUUUUUCUUUUUCUUUUUUUUUUUAUUUGCGAUUUUGGCUUUCCAGUUCACACCAUCUAGGGAUCUCUUAAUUUCCUGUUAAUAUUUUUCCCCCCUCCAUCUCUCCCUGUUUCACCAGACAAGAAAGAAGAAAAAGCUUCAAAAUGUAAGAGCUUAGAGAAGAUGAUCAUAUUCUUCAUCUUUUUUCUUUUUUUCUUCUUUGUCUUAUUGUAAAUUAGGAAAAAGAAAAAAGGUGAAUUAUCCUUGUAGUUCUGGAUAGGCUCAAUUCAAAUCUCUGUGCCUGUGCGACAAUUAUUACACGAAUGUUUCUCAAGGAAUUUUAGACUUUUCCCUACGUGGGUCACACGUGUGUACUAUAAAAUUGACACCUCAAUUAUUAUUUAUA